AUGGAAGCAACAGCACUAAUUCAAGUACUCCAACUCUUCUAUUUCUUUUUCGUCCUGUUCGAGAUUACGACUUGUACGGUGGAUGUUUCCUUACGUGUGGGCAAACAAGGCCCAUUUACGUAUGGCAACUUCGACAAAAGAAUCAAGGGGUCGGUUUUGAGAAAGGCAGGCUCGCUUAUCUCGACACUCGAGGUUGACAGCGACAUAGAAUGUGUGAGUUUCUGUGUGAUGAGCGCAGUAUGUUUGUCAGUAAAUUUUGCAUCCGAGGCAAACAGUAAAACUGAAAAAGUACUGUGUGAACUACUGAACUAUGGAGGAACAGACUAUCGAAAAUUCCUUAACAAGAAAGAGAAGUUCUUCUUCAUGCGAAUGGAGAACAUAUGCUCUGAAAAUCCUUGCAUGUCAGAUGUGUUGGUAUGCACACCUCAGCUGCAGAACUCCUAUCAACCAUACAUCUGUGAUUGCCCCGGAAACUGUACAGGUAACAUUAAGUGCCAUGCCCUUGGUAUGGAAGAUGGUAGGAUCCUUGAUUCUCAAAUAACAGCUUCCAGUGCAUUAUCUUCUUCUURGGCAGCUCACAAAGGACGACUGAAUAAUGCUGCUGGCUCUUGGCUUCCGUCCAGUACGGUCUCUCAGUGGCUGCAGGUUAACUUGCUGAAGAAAACUUUCAUCAAGGGUGUGGCUAGUCAAGGAAGGCACGAUGCGAAUCAUUUCAUAACGGCAUAUCAGCUGUCGUACUCAGAUGACGGGACAAAUUGGACCAUCUACAAAGAGAAAAGAAUUGUGAAGACCUUCCAAGGUAAUGCUAAUUACGCAACUAUCGUCAAGAACCUGCUGACAGAACCAUUCACGGCAAAGUUCGUGCGACUUUUAGCGACAUCAUACUCUGGAUAUCCUUCUAUUCGAAUGGAACUGUAUGGGUGCCACGCUUAAAGUACAUACGUAUUGUCGAUUGUUGAAAGGACGGCUUUAGUUUUGAUUGUAAUUGAAAAGAAAAAAGAUGGAUAGAAAAACAUUAACAAACACUAACCCACACGUUUUUCGCAUUUCUUUGCCUUAUUUAACAUUUUAUUAUAUUCUAGGCAAAACAAACCGUCGAGUCGUUAAGUUCACAAACAAUCAUUUGUUUACAACUUUUAUUGAAUUUUUUUUUGUCGUUUAAACGAAAAAGUUAGUCCUCACAGCAUCAAUCACCAGGUAAAAAGAAAACUAUGUUCUUGCGAUUAUCUUAGUGGUAACUUUUUUCUACUUUAUAUCAAUUUGAUCAUGCCUUAUUGGAUGUCUUCCCUUUCAGCAAAAACACGCGUCUUUUUGUAGUUCUUCUUAUACUUUUGAUAUUUCAUGCGAGCUCCCCUAAACCCUUGAAGUACAGACAAGUAGGCGUGUUAAAUAUUUGCAUAUAUAUGCCACCUGCUUGCAAUGGAGUCUUUAAGCAAAAAAUAAAGAAUUAAUUAAUGUUGAGGAAAUAUGUUCGCUAAAUA